GAUCAACGGUCAUUUACAGGGGACGGGCAAACUGUGAAAUUGUCGUUGGAGAGUGGGUGAAAACUUAACAUCCACAAGUUUUAUUAUUUUAUUACAAAAUAUAUUUUUAUCACGGUUAUAACAAAAUGAGGGAAAUCGUCCAUUUGCAAGCGGGCCAAUGUGGCAACCAGAUCGGCGCAAAGUUCUGGGAAGUAAUCAGUGAUGAGCAUGGCAUCGACCCAACAGGAACUUACCAUGGUGACAGCGAUCUUCAGUUGGAGAGAAUCAACGUUUAUUAUAAUGAAGCCACAGGUGGGAAGUAUGUCCCUCGUGCUAUCCUGGUGGACCUCGAGCCUGGCACCAUGGACUCGGUGCGCUCUGGACCAUUCGGCCAGAUCUUCCGCCCUGACAACUUUGUCUUCGGACAGAGUGGUGCUGGCAACAACUGGGCCAAGGGCCACUACACCGAGGGUGCCGAGUUGGUGGACUCCGUGCUGGAUGUGGUGAGGAAGGAGGCCGAGAGCUGCGACUGCCUGCAAGGCUUCCAGCUGACCCACUCCCUAGGCGGCGGCACCGGCUCUGGCAUGGGCACCCUGCUCAUCAGCAAGAUCCGUGAGGAGUACCCCGACCGCAUCAUGAACACCUUCAGCGUGGUGCCCUCUCCCAAGGUGUCCGAUACCGUGGUGGAGCCCUACAACGCCACCCUGUCAGUCCACCAGCUGGUGGAGAACACCGAUGAGACCUACUGCAUUGACAACGAGGCUCUGUACGACAUCUGCUUCCGCACACUGAAGCUGACCACACCCACCUACGGAGACCUCAACCACCUGGUGUCGGCUACCAUGAGUGGAGUCACCACCUGCCUGCGGUUCCCUGGCCAGCUGAACGCUGAUCUCCGCAAGCUGGCCGUCAACAUGGUGCCCUUCCCCCGCCUGCACUUCUUCAUGCCCGGCUUCGCCCCCCUGACCAGCAGAGGCAGCCAGCAGUACCGCGCCCUCACCGUGCCAGAGCUGACCCAGCAGAUGUUUGAUGCCAAGAACAUGAUGGCCGCCUGCGACCCCCGCCACGGACGCUACCUGACGGUCGCUGCCGUCUUCCGUGGCCGCAUGUCCAUGAAGGAGGUGGACGAGCAGAUGCUGAACGUGCAGAACAAGAACAGCAGCUACUUCGUUGAAUGGAUCCCCAACAACGUCAAGACCGCCGUGUGCGACAUCCCACCCAGGGGGCUGAAGAUGGCUGCCACCUUCAUCGGCAACAGCACAGCCAUCCAGGAGCUGUUCAAGCGCAUCUCCGAGCAGUUCACCGCCAUGUUCAGGCGCAAGGCUUUCCUCCACUGGUACACCGGAGAGGGCAUGGACGAGAUGGAGUUCACCGAGGCCGAGAGCAACAUGAACGACCUGGUGUCCGAGUACCAGCAGUACCAGGACGCCACAGCCGAGGAGGAGGGCGAGUUCGAGGAGGAGGGAGAGGAGGACAUGGCCUAAAGAUAUCUCUCCCUCUUAUAUAUGACCUCCUCCACUAUAUCCAAGCUUUUGAUCCCCAAAGUCUUGAAAAUAAAUGCUACCACUUUGUUUUUGAAAUCACAUUUUGUUGGUUCAUUGUCCAUUAACUGUUGAUUGUCAUUUUUGACAAUUUCAUUUUUAAAAUCCCAGUGUUCAUAAGGUCGUCAUAUCAUGUAAUUUAGGGACUGAUUGGCGCAUAGCAUCCAACUAUAUUUGUACAAAUGUUCAAAUCUCAGGCUAAAACCUGUUAAAAACAUUAAGGCCACCUCUUUUUGGUUUUGUAUAAUACUGCAUGUAUUUUCAUACAAUAGUUUGUCAGAUGACAUUGCAGGGCAAAUAACAAGGGGAAACAUGGAUUGGUGUCAUUUUUUUAAAAUGUGAAAUUCAUGUUGAGUUAAAAUCAUAAAUAAAGCUUUGGAUUGACUGGA